ACAAAUUACGGAAUUACAUCUGCAUUUAGACUCUGCAGUACGUCAGAAAUUGCCGUUCGGGGGAAAAUACUUCAAUAAGUUGCGUAUGAUUACAUGAAGGGUAAUGGUCAACCCAGCAUAAUGGACAGUAAUGUUGUAAUGGACAGUCUACUGGCCACGGGGGAAGAUCUCUCUCUUGACCGGCCAAAUAUUGACCAACUGAGGCAGGACAGGAUGGACAGAAAUAGGGCUGUCAUGGAGGCACUUGAUCCACAGGCUGCAAAAACUACCAUACCACAGGUGGACAAUCUAAGCCCAGCCGAGCAUGCCGCGGUGUGUAUUCAGUCUCACUAUAGAGGACACCUGGGCAGGAAAAAAUACACGGAACUGCUGUAUCAGCAGUUUGAAAAGGAAGAAGCACUGAGGUAUGAAAAGAUGCAGAAGCAGUUAGAAGAAGGGGAGUUGUUGGUUGCAAAAGGUAUUUCAGAAAAAAGUGGAAGAACUAUAGAUACCUGUUAUGACAAGCAGUGUCAAGCACAUAGAAGAAUAAAAGCUCACAAAUGA